AUGCAGCCAUUCGUUACAGGACAUGAAGAGUUAAUUCAUGAUAUAAAAUAUGAUUUCUAUGGCAAACAUAUAGCAACAGCGUCAUCCGAUCAACACAUAAAAGUAUUUGACUUUGAUGCAGCUACAACUUCGUGGAUUUUGAACGAUCUGUGGAGAGCUCAUGACUCACUGAUAUUGAGGAUUUCAUGGGCCCAUCCCGAGUUCUCGAGCUCCAAAAUAUUGGCUUCUUGCUCUUACGAUAGGACGGUGAAAGUUUGGGAGGAGCAGCCGAUGGAGCUACAUGGAUCUGGUAGAAGGUGGACAAGGUUAGCGACACUAGCCAUAGAGUCAUAUGGCCCAAUAUAUGACGUCAAAUUUGCUCCUAAUCAUUUGGGUUUGAAAUUGGGGUGCAUUGGAAGUGAUGGAAUUUUCAGGGUCUAUGAAUCAUUGGAGCCCAAUGACUUGACUAAUUGGGCACUCACAACAGAGAUACCGAUACUUAGUCAGCUGCUCCCAGCAAAAAGCUUGCAGAGUAGUUUUGCCAUUGAAUGGUGUCCGUCAAAAUUCACCAAAACUGAGAAAUUCAUUGUGGUUGCAUUGGAUCAAGGUUUUAUUUAUACAAACGCACCCAAGGAUACAGAAUCAGGAGAGGAUGGUGGACAUCAAGAAAAGUAUGUGAAAGUUUGUGACUUACCGGAACACAAUGGUCUAAUAAGAUCAGUGAGCUGGGCCCCAUCCAUGGGAAGGAGCUAUCAUUUGAUUGCCACUGGAUGUAAAGAUGGUUAUGUGAGGAUUUUUAAAGCUACAGAGACUUCAAAUGGUGACUUCAAUAUUGAAACUCUAGCAAAGAUGAAUGAUCAUCAAUGUGAAGUUUGGCGCGUUAAUUGGAAUAUGACAGGCACUAUAUUGUCAUCUGCUGGUGACGAUGGGAAAUUGAGACUAUGGAAAUGUAAUUAUUUAAGUGAGUGGAAGUGUAUGAGUGUCAUCAACACAAGCAAUAGGUCAGACAGUAGGAGUAUAGAGCACGAAAUUAGCAAAUCUAGGUAG